GCGCUGCGGCGGCUUCCCGGGGCGGGCGCGGCCGCUCCCAUGGGUCGCGGGCCCGCGGGCUGCUGGGGCCGGUAGUUCCCGCUGGGUGCCUGGCCCGGCCCGGCCAGGCCGCCGCUUCCUUGUCCCGGCCGUGGGGAAUCGGGACCCGCGGGCUCAGCGAGCCGGCGGCGAUGUGCUCCUGAGAACUCGAUCUACUGUGGCUAACUGGCUGUGACUGGUUUGUUUCCUUUCCUCUCUUCUCUUCAGAUGGCACAACAAGAAACCCACCAGUCUCCAGAAGCUUUAACUCUUUGCUGUGGAAGAAGCUCAGAGUGACAGCAGGUGCCUUUUAGGAUAGUUUAAAGAAGCCAUUGCCUUGAGGCUGUGAAUUGGGUGUUUGCUGAAGCCUUUUAAUUGUGUAGAAUCUACUGGUUAGCUCCUUAGCAAAGGAGCAGCCUACAAAACCAGAUAUACCUAUUCGACUCUCAAGGUGUGCAUGAUCAUGGGAGAACAACUGUUAAAGAACAGCAUCCUUGAUCAAUUUAUUAAUAGCCAUGAGCAGUCAUAUGAGGAGUUUCUAAAUACAUUCACAUAUCUUUUGAAAGAGAGAGAGGGAAAGACAAUUCAGGGAAGUAAAGUGGACUCCUUAAGAAAAAAAUGUUCUACUUCUGAAUUACCAAACAGAAAUAAACAGGAUGGCUCACCUGAAAGAAGCAAAGAAAUGUGGGUGUCAUUUCCACCACGGAUGCCAAAUGAGAAUGAGGCAGUGAUGAGUGAGAGCUCAACAGCUGGUGUCUCUGAUGGAAAUAAUCUCAGUCUGUCUGAAAAAGUGAAGGUGGACAAGUACUUACACUUGGAAGAUGUAGACACAGAUGAGGAGACAUGCAGUGCAGGGUCAUUAGUUCUUCCAGGAGAGGUGGAAGAGACAGUGAGUUGCUGUACACCCUUCUUUGAUAAGCCUGUUCAGCCGAAGUUCAGAGCCUGGUCAGUUCCCCAGCCAUCACACAGCAAAGCCCAAGAGCUACUGGGCGAUGAUGUUCAACCAUUCUCCCUUGAUGAAGAAUUUGAUUAUGACAAUGUGGCACUGACCCCUAAGUUCUCUGAAGCUGAGCUGAAGGCCAUUACAGAGUUGUCUGAAGAGAAAAGCGGUGCCUUGGAUCCUGCGCUGGCUCAGGGUAAAUGUGCUGGAGUGACUUCUCCAUAGGAGCAAAACAAGCUGGUGGAUUUCAGAAUAACAUCGUGGCUACUCUUGCUUAUAUCUGGUACUGAUUCAGUUCCUGAGUAGUACAAAGCUGGUCCUAAAGCUGCCUUUUACCUCGUUCUUUCAGUAAUGCAAUUAAGAGCUUUUUAACAGCUGACAAAUCAGUCUAUGGACUCUUUAAAUGUAUAGAGAUACAUGAGUUAAUAAAUCUGGGAAUAUGUUUUUUUCUCUGUCUUUUGAGUUACUUCAGUUCUGCAAAAAAUAAAUAUUCCUGUUUCCAACAAACUUUUUGUGUUGAUCAAAAUUGACAUAGUACAACUCCUAAAAUUAAAACAGUAACUGCUCAAACCACCCCCCCCCACCUUCCACACAGAGGAAAAAAUAGCAAUCUCAUCCAUUAAAGGAAUUGGCAUUGAAAAGCUGUCAGAUUUUAGAUUUUUUCACAGGAGAUGAUUCCAAAUAACAGCUUAUAGCUUACACUCUGCAUCACUGAAAUACAGCAAGCUGGAGUUGAGUAAAGGUUAGCUAUAUGGGUGGGAGAGAAGAGAGUGCACCUCUGACACAAGGCAGUAUGUACUCCUUCUCUGAAGAGUUCAGAAUCCUUUGUUUUCAGUAACUGUAGAAGCUUUGCCAUUGAGGUUUGGUUUAACAUCACAAUGCUGCAUUGUAUUUUUGGUCGUUUUCUGGUAUAACUGCAUUCACUAAACCUUGCUGACCAACAUUUUGUCCUUGACCACUCUCUGUUAUUUCUGAAGUGGGUGAUUAGCAUGAUAAAUGCUAAUUUAUCUGCCUGAGCAGGCUGACAGGGCACCGAACCAUAGGUUUGUGUAAAGGCUGUGGAUGAAUUUUCUGGGGCCGGUUGGCUGCUUC